GAAACUUCUGGAAUAUGAGCGUCAUUCUCCUCUCCCCAACUGGAACUCACAGCUGCUCCAUUACAGAGCAGCCAGCUCAGAGCCUAAGUUAAACAUAUGGGGGAAAGUGUGCAAGAAGUAGGGAUUUACAAGUGACUUGGAUCAGAGAGAUAAUAUAAAAGUGUAAAUCAGGUGGAUUUGUAAGAUAGUGCUGGUGGGGACCGUGCUUGUUGUGCCUAAAGAGAAUCACCUUGAAAAACUAUGGCAAGACUGGGCUGUGUAAUCAUGAUUACUUAGAGGAAGUCCAACCUCUCCAUAGAGAACAAAGUACUUUGGUCACAAUCACAGAGCAGUCAGUGGAAGCAGAAGUGGAAAACCAAAGCUGUUCUCUCAGUGUACUGGUUCCAUCUCUCUGGAAGGCCAUGGAGAAGAGACUGGGAGUCAAGCCAAGUCCCACUUCCUGGGUUUUGCCAGGAUAUUGUUGGCAGACAUCAGUGAAGCCGCAAAGAAGCCUCUACCUGCUUUACACUUUCUUCUGCCUCAGCACUCUGUGGACAUCAACAGGCAAAGGACAAGGGAGCGAACCAAGUGUCGGCAGUGAGCUGCGGAGCUACUCUCCCCUGUUGACUGUGCUCAGAAGUUUUCAUGAUGCUAAUGAGAGCAGAUGCCAUCAGGAGAAAACUCUUUAUGGAGCUGGCUUGAGAACUGGGGGAGAAAAUCACCUUCAGCUUCUUAAAGGAAGCCUGCCUUUCCAGGCCUGUUGGGCUGCCUGCUGCCUGGACUCUGCCUGUCAUGCUCUUUGGUGGCUGGAAGGGAUGUGCUUUCAGGCCGACUGCAGCAAGUCCCAGAGCUGCCAGCCUUUUAGGACAGACUCUUCCAAUUCCAUGGUGAUAUUUUUUCAAAAAUCCCAAACUGCAAAUGAUUUGGGCGUUCUGCCUGAAGAUGGUGAACCACAUCUUCUGAGGCUAAGCUGGGGCAGGACAUCAUGGAAGAGGCAAAGCCUCCCCGGGGCUCCCCUUACCCUCUCUGUACCCUCUAGUGACCACCAGAGCUUACUCAGGGAUCGGCAGAAGAGAGAUCAUCUCAGUGAAGUGGCUACACCUGAAGUGAUACAGCAUUCUAAAGGGAAUCACUCCGAGGAAGCAGGUGCUGCAAAUCACAGCGCCUCUGCAGAGGAUCGCAAAGCGGUGACAGUUCCCAGGCCUUUCACUGCUGGCCACACUACACAUACUCCUGACUGGCCAAAGAAUGUGUCCAUCCAUCCUGAAUCAUCAGAGCAUGCCAGUCCUGCGUCCAAUACUCAGCAUGUAAAAAGCACUGAGCACAGUCCAACUGACACCCCUCUUCCAGUGGCCCCCUCCUACAGCUAUGCCACCCCUACACCCCCGGCCUCCUUCCAGAGCACCUCAGCACCACACCCAGCUGUGAAGGAUCUGGUGGUGUCUGCUGGGAGGAGUGUCCAGAUCACCCUGCCUACGAAUGAAGUUCAGUUAAAUGCUUUUGUCCUCCCAGAAGCAGAACCAGGAGAAACCUACACCUACGACUGGCAGCUGAUUACUCAUCCUAAAGACUACAGUGGAGAGAUGGAAAGGAAACACUCCCAGAUCCUCCAACUGUCCAAGCUGACUCCAGGCCUGUAUGAAUUCAAGGUGAUUGUGGAUGGUCAAAAUGCCCAUGGGGAAGGCUACGUGAAUGUGACAGUGAAACCAGAGCCCCGUAAGAAUCGGCCUCCUAUUGCUAUUGUGUCACCUCAGUUUCAGGAGAUCUCGCUGCCAACUACUUCUACAAUCAUCGAUGGCAGCCAGAGCACUGAUGACGAUAAAAUUGUCCAGUACCACUGGGAGGAACUUAAGGGGCCUCUGAGAGAAGAGAAGAUCUCUGAAGACACACCCAUACUAAAACUAAGUAAGCUCGUCCCUGGGAACUACACCUUCAGCUUGACAGUUGUUGACUCAGAUGGGGCUACCAACUCCACCACUGCAAGCCUGACAGUGAACAAGGCUGUGGACUACCCUCCUGUGGCCAAUGCAGGCCCCAACCAAGUGAUCACCCUGCCCCAGAACUCCAUAGCCCUCUUUGGGAACCAGAGUACUGACGAUCAUGGCAUCACCAGCUAUGAGUGGUCACUUAGCCCAAGCAGCAAAGGAAAGGUGGUCGAGAUGCAGGGAGUUAGAACGCCAACCCUGCAGCUGUCUGCAAUGCAAGAAGGAGACUAUACCUAUCAGCUCACCGUGACUGACACCACAGGACAGCAGGCCACUGCUCAAGUGACUGUGAUUGUGCAGCCUGAGAACAACAAGCCUCCUCAGGCAGAUGCAGGCCCAGACAAAGAGCUGACCCUGCCCGUGGACAGUACAACCUUGGAUGGCAGCAAGAGUACAGAUGACCAAAGAAUCGUCUCCUAUCUUUGGGAGCAGACCCAGGGUCCUGACGGGGUGCAGCUAGAGAAUGCCAACAGCAGUGUCGCCACUGUGACUGGACUGCAAGUGGGGACCUAUGUGUUCACCUUGACUGUCAAAGAUGAAAGGAACCUACAGAGCCAGAGCUCUGUGAAUGUCAUUGUCAAAGAAGAAAUAAACAAACCACCAGUAGCCAAGAUUGCUGGGAAUGUGGUGGUCACCUUGCCCACGAGCACAGCAGAACUGGAUGGCUCCCGGUCCUCUGACGACAAGGGGAUAGUCAGCUACCUGUGGACUCGAGAUGAGGGGAGCCCAGCUGCAGGGGAGGUGCUGAAUCACUCUGACCAUCACCCUGUCCUCUUCCUUUCCAACCUGGUCGAGGGAACCUAUACGUUUCAUCUGAAAGUGACUGAUGCGAAGGGUGAGAGCGACACAGACCGGACCACUGUGGAAGUGAAACCUGAUCCCAGGAAAAGCAACCUGGUGGAGAUCAUUUUGGAUGUUAACGUCAGUCAGCUGACAGAGAGGCUGAAGGGGAUGUUCAUCCGCCAGAUUGGGGUCCUCCUGGGGGUGCUGGAUUCUGACAUCAUUGUACAAAAGAUUCAGCCAUACACGGAGCAAAGCACCAAGAUGUUAUUUUUUGUUCAGAAUGAGCCUCCCCACCAGCUCUUCAAAGGCCAUGAGGUAGCAGCCAUGCUCAAGAGUGAGCUGCGGAAGCAGAAGGCUGACUUCCUGAUAUUCCGAGCCCUGGAAAUCAACACAGUCACUUGUCAGCUGAACUGUUCUGACCAUGGUCACUGUGACUCAUUCACCAAGCGCUGUGUCUGUGACCCAUUUUGGAUGGAGAAUUUCAUCAAGGUGCAGCUGAGGGAUGGAGACAGCAACUGUGAAUGGAGCGUGCUAUAUGUUAUCAUUGCUACCUUUGUCAUUGUUGUCGCUUUGGGAAUCCUGUCGUGGACUGCAAUCUGCUGUUGUAAGAGGCAAAAAGGAAAACCCAAGAGGAAAAGCAGAUACAAGAUCCUGGAUGCCACAGAUCAGGAAAGCCUGGAGCUGAAGCCAACCUCCCGAGCAGGCAGCAAACAGAAAGGUCCCAUGCUGAGCAGCAGCCUAAUGCACUCUGAGUCGGAACUGGACAGCGACGAUGCCAUCUUCACUUGGCCAGACCGGGAGAAGGGCAAACUCCUGCAUGGUCAGAAUGGAUCUGUGCCAAACGGGCAAACACCACUGAAGACCAGGAGCCCACGGGAGGAGAUCUUGUAGCCCGUUGGUCCGUCUUAUUAGACUCAUCAGAGUGCCAGGGCCCAGAGCACCUCUAGGCUGGUUCCUGACCUCCUAGGUCUGAGGACAGCUGCUCUCCCAGCAUGUGCUGGUCACACCAUCCCAACAGCCCCCAUCAAAACUGCUGGUACUUGAAUCCACAGACACUUUAUAGGAACCCCUAAAUGAAGCUGUGAAUGAAGAGGUUUCCCUCUAUAAACCAAUGUGGUAGGCCCCCAACUGUCCUCAUCUCAGGGCCUCACUUUUUGCACACCUCCCUGCCAGAGAGCAGACACAGCCCGCCCUUUGCCACCUCUCAGCAGUGCAGCUGGGCCAGAACACACAUGGUGAGGCUUACUGUAUCUUCCCUGUACCUGGCACAGGACUAAGAGCCGCCUGCUGUUAGGGGCCAAGCCCCGGGCAUACAGUGUGUCCUGCCUCCCCAGGCCAAGAGAAAUCUGCCCACCACGGAUGCUGGCGUGGUAGUGCAGAAAUGCUGCCUGACCCCUUGGCUCUAGAGCUGGCUUGUGUACUGACUGUAUCAGGGAUGUAGGGGACUGCUGGGGAUGAUCACCAGCACCUGCUUCCAGGCUCAGGCCACCCUCAUUUUCCCAGAGGAGAUAGCCACAGACAGACUGGAACUCUGUGGCCUGUGAGUGCAUGUGUGUGACUGCCCCACUCUGGUCCCUUCCAUGUCUCUCUAUUCAUGUCUUUUCUGUGUCCUUUGCACGUGUGAGUGCUUGAGUAUAUGUGCACCCAUUCUUUUUAGGUCUUUUGGCUGCUCUCAAGGCAACUCUAACUUGGAGACUUUCAGCUCCUUGAAAGACUUUAUCCCUCUGGCCCUGUCACCAGUUCCUCAGCCAUGGUGUCUGGCAGUUGAGGAAUCGGGGUUUUGGGAAGAGUGACUUUUUCAAAAGGACUUACAAUUUCUACUACUGCACUACCUGUUGUGAGAUAAUUAAACAUGCUAUUUAAUUGUG